CACAGGACGGUAGAUCUCCCGGAAGUGUUGGUUACCACUGAUUGUCCACGUUUGCAUUGCCGAAAUGGGUUGACUCGACACAAACAGCUGUUUCUGCAAACUGGUAUAACAUAGGAAUAUACAUCCUGAAAUCAAUACAUGCGUAAAACUUUAUAUUGCCUAACCGGCAGCCACAUUAGCUAUUUUUUUAAAAUAAUUUCUCCCAUAGGCCGCCUAUGUUUCUGAUCGAGAAGUCUCGAAAAUGCUAACGAACAUGAGUGGAAUGACAACACGACUUAUGAGGCUGAAAUUUCGCAUUUGUCUUUAAGCUUUGGCAGGGAUACUGACUAUGGCGCAUGACCAGUGGGCUAUGUUUGAAGCGGGAACUUUGUUCUGACGCUUUCACGUACAGCUGGAGUGCGCAAGCUUAAUGGGGGAUCAGGACAGGAAUAUGGAGAGCAAACGGCUGCCGCGAAUGGCCGCUUGUCUGAUGCGUUUCCCUUCUGAGCGAGAGGUUAUCUCGGGGUCUGCUAGAGGUCACUCCUCCCGGAAAAAGUCAGGUGACUUUGAAAGGCACGUGUUCAGUGAUGCCCUAGUAACUCCAGAACUGGAGCUGGUUAGUGAGGUGCCACACAUGCUACUGCAGGACAGUUGUCACAAGGUGAAGGACAUGCUCGAAGAUGACUCGGCGGAGGAGGACCAAUGCGACGUGUACCGUGUCGAUGCCCUGGACAACCGUUCUCACGGGCAGUUCUUCAACAGAGGACAGGACAAGCUGGAAGGCAGCCCCAAGAGGAGUAACAGAACUGGAGCGGGGUACACAGACUGGCACAAACACAGGACCGCGGCCGUUUGCAGCGAGCGCUUUGACCGUUUACUGCAGGAGUGCCCCGAGUUCCACAGCUGCAAAAGCUCCUUCGCUGCCUUUGUGUUGGAGAGAGAGGUGACCGACACGGACGGGCAGCCCUGCGAGCAGUACGAGGUGGUUGCCCUGGGAACAGGGAAGUCCAGCUGCAGCGGUUGGAUCUGCUUCAGCGGGCACGUGGUACAUGACUGCCACGCCAUUGUCAUUGCCCGCCGAGCGCUGCGGAGGUUUUUGUUCAAGCAACUGCUCCUGUUCUUCAGUGAUGACCCCAGUUGCAAAGAGAGGUCAAUUUAUGAAAGCACAUCUGAUAGCCAUCUACUUCAACUCAAGCCAAAAAUCUAUCUGCACCUCUACACCAACCAAACCCCUAAGGGGGCUGCACAGUGCAUUCUAACGCAGUUGUCCCUGAGCUGUUACACCUCCCUGAAGCUGCAGUGUCAUGCCAAGGGCUCUCUCAUCCCCGCUGUCUUCUUGCACCCCAGUACCUGGGGGGCGCGCAUAUGCUGCAUGUCGGACAGCGACAAGCUGUGUCGCUGGGCGGUGACCGGCCUGCAGGGUGCGCUGCUGAGCCACUUCAUUCAGCCACUCUACAUUACCAGUGUGGUCCUGGGAGGCUCCAGCCACUACUCAGAGAAAGUGUCCGACACCAUCAACAAGAGGCUGGGUGAGGGGUGGCUGGGCCAGCUGACCCACCCGUUCAGGCACCAGAAGAUAUUCUUCUUCAGUGGGGAAAACGUCGGGCCAUUGGUCUGCUCAACCCACUGCAAGAACCUCAGCCUCAACUGGUGCCUGGGUGACCCCAGCAUUGAAAUACUGGACAGUACCAAUGGCCACACUACUGAGGGGUCCCCCUUCAUAAGUGGCCCAGGUUUCACCAGCAGACUGUGCAAGAGAGCUUUCUUCAGCAUCUUUCGAGAAAUCGCCAAGCUAGGGAACCAUCAAGACCUGCUGGGUCUGGCCACCUACCAUGAUACAAAGGUGUGUAGUUUUUUGAGGGAUAGCAAGCAUCCCGAAAGCAGGUGCCUUUAAAAAGAUGUCCGCCCACCUCUACCAGACUGCCAAAGCCUUGGUCAACGAGCAGUUCAUGGCAAACAACGUAGGGCCCUGGAACUCCAAAGAACUGGUGGACAGCUUUGGCCACUGAUGGGGAAGCAAAAGCUGAUUUUUGCUUUAAUGUUCAAAGGUAUUUUUUUGUGUUCCUUUGUGUUUGUUUUCAGUAAAUGACUAGUAAGGUUGAAAUCAUAUUACUUCUGUUUGUCUCAGUAAGCUGUUCGCAUUUUUAGUUUCUAGAAUGGUCAUGUUCCAGAACAUUCGGAUCUUGGUUUCUGUGUGUGAUAAAUGUAUAAACAGUUUUUUAUUUUUUUUAUUUAAUUAUUAUUUUUUUCUUUUGUUCCAAGGUAGAGUUGUUGAGCUAGGUUUUGAGGUUCCAGCCCAAAGUAUAUUGUGAGAAAAUAAAGGGUGCCAAGGUUUAAAA